ACCGUCCCGUCCUUCAUAGGUGCUGGCUAACGGCACUUGCACCAACAGUCGGUUGAGGCUAUACGGGGGAUCUUUGUAUCUGUGUGUGUUUUUGAAACGUUAUAAUAAGAGUGCAUCAGCACGAGCGAGCACUCGUCACUCUUCUCUCUGGGUAAGGCGACGGGCACCCUCUCUCCUCUCUCGCUCUCCUCCCUCACUCCCCUCUCGCACGCGAAGUGCCGAGACUCGGGGAACGUGUUGGGGUUUUUUUUUAUUUUUCCGCUGUUGCUGCUGUGCGUGUGGGCUCGCUCACUCGGGGCUGGAGAGUCUUUGACACAGAGAGCGGACAGAGAGAGCGGAGAGAGCGGAGAGAGAGAGAGGCGCCGUGGUGGUGGAUGGGAUGGGUUGUCGGGGAGCGCGGUUGCACGGAUUCUUGAAUGGUUGAGUUUGGUUGGACUGAACUCUGCUGCUGCUGCCGCCGCGACUUCUGAGCUGAAGAGUUUGUGGAGAGGCUUGCGCCUCGGAAUGUAUCAAUCGCCCAAGGCUGCUGCUGCUGCUGCUGAAGCGGCGUAUUUUGGCUGCGAGCCAUCAAGCAAAGGCGGCGGUCACCGGAUAGCGCGCUCUCAGAUGCGCUUCUGCGGCCGUCUGGAACGCUCUUCCUUCCGAUAUUCGGACGUAAAUGGAGGCCUGGAACGGGGGUGAUGCCUUCCCGAGGGUAUUAGCACGCUCGACCGUCCGGAAGUCGACGGAAGGCUCAAGAAGAGCCGCCGGCGGCCGACGGACGCACGGAUGGACACAUGCACGGACUGAUAGAGAGCCCCCCCGCCGGAGGCGCUGCGACGUGCUGCGCUCUCCGCUGCCGCGAGGAGACGGGGGAGUGGCGGUGGGCGGCCCAAGUCGGCACGCGACGGACGUCGACGCCACGUCCCGUCUGGAAGAUGCCCCCCGCCGCAUUCCAGCGACUUAGCGUCAGGGCGAACGGCUUCGACUUGUCGGCGGUCACGGGGAACAGAGGCAGAUUGCGGUCGUUCGUCCGUUGAGCAGCGCGCGUGCGUGCGUGCGUGCGCGCCUUCGAACGCGCGCGCGCGUGCGCGCGUGAGCGUGUGGGAAAGAGACGCACGACCCUGGCAAGAUCGUCCGACGGGCGGCAACGCUACAUGCAGGCAAAACUUCGAUCGCGCUCCGCCGAUAACGAGUUAUUUGCGUUGUCUCGCUGCGGCCGGAUCGAUCCGGCGUGUCGCAGUUCGCCUGUCCCUCGUAAAACUCGCUCGCUAGACGGUCGCCUUUGGGGCGGGCCGCCGCUCGAUCGCAGUUUGCGUUGAUCUCGAGGGACGUCGUUGGUCCGCCCUACCCCCACCCCCCAUGCGCUUCUCUACGACAAUGAAGGGGCGCGCCGACCGACCUCCAUCCUCCCCACACCAGCUUGGUCAACAAGUGGCGCAGUGACCUUGUGUGUCGCGGCCGUCCAUGCCGGCCGUCGGCUUGGCGAGUCAUCGGACGUGUCGCGAGCAUAGGGGCCUAUCAACCCAACGAGUUCCACUACUGUUAGCGUUUUUGACUGUCUAGUGAUCAGUGGCAAUAUUUUUGGAUGCAUUAUAUAAUCAAAUCGUAAGCAAUUAAAGGAGUGAACGGAAUUCCACAUUCCGAUGGCAGGACCAAGUCACGACACGAGGCAAGGCACCAUUGCAUUAGGGUGACAAACAACGGAAAAAAAAACUUUCACAGUCAUACGCCCAACGGAGAGGAGGUGGGUUUUUUUUUUUUCUCCGAACGGUUCAGUGGCUCAAAGCCUUGCGGCAACGUGGAAUAAUAUUUUUUUUAAAGUCCAGCCGGUUGACCGACUCACCCGGCCGACGGCGAGGCAAGAUGCCGAUCCUGACGAACAGCAAUGAGCCGGACCUGAGCGACGUGGGCAGCUUCACGGCCGUGCCGGCGAUCAUCCGCCAGCUGGGGCCGGUGGAGGAGCCGCCUGCCAAGGCGCUGCACUACCGCAUGGGCCGGCAGCUGCGGACUGGAGAGGCUCCCUUGCGCCAGCAGUCCGGACCACCCCGGCAGGUGAUCAUCAACGUGGGCGGCCUGCGAUUCUCCAUGCCGUGGACGACGCUGGACGAGGGCUGCCCCUCGGAGCGCCUGGGGCGCCUGCGUUCCUGCAACAGCCACGACGACCUGAUGGCGCUGUGCGACGACUACGACGUCGCCUGCAACGAGUUCUUCUUCGACCGCCACCCGGCCGCGUUCGGCGCCAUCGCCGCGUGCCUGCGCGCGGGCAAGCUGCGUGUGUCGCGGGGCACCUGCGCCCUCGCCUUCCGCGAGGAGCUCGCCUACUGGGGCGUGGACGAGGCGCGCCUCGAGUGGUGCUGCCGCCGCCGCCUCUACCAGAAGCAGGAGGAGGAGGCGGAGGCUGUCAAGCAACUCGAGGAGAUGGAGACGGAGGAGGGGCAGCAAGGGGCGGACAAGUGCGACGAGAUGGACGACAGCGGCGGCGGCGGCGUCCCAGCGAGGACGCGGGCGGCGAGGCGCUUGAGCUGGCUCAUGAGCCGCCUGCGCGACAUGGUGGAGGACCCCAGCUCGGGCCUCCCCGGGAAGAUCUUCGCCUUCCUCUCGGUCGUCUUCGUCGCCAUCACGGCCGUCAGCCUCUGCAUCAGCACCAUGCCCGACCUGCGCGCCGAGGAGGACAAGGGCGAGUGCUCGCAGAAGUGCCACGACAUCUUCGUGGUGGAGACGGUGUGCGUCGGCUGGUUCUCCUUCGAGUUCCUACUGCGGCUCAUCCAGUCGCGCAGCAAGUGGCGCUUCCUGCGAGACCCGCUCAACAUCAUCGACGUGGCGGCCAUCCUGCCCUACUACGUGACGCUCGUCGUCGACUCAGUGUCGGACGGCCGCCCGCCCUCCAUGGGAAGCACCAACAUUUACCUGGAGAAGGUGGGCCUCGUGCUGCGCGUGCUGCGCGCGCUGCGCAUCCUCUACGUGAUGCGCCUCGCGCGACACUCCCUCGGCCUGCAGACGCUGGGGCUCACGAUCCGGCGGUGCACGCGGGAGCUUGGCCUCCUCCUCCUCUUCCUGUGCGUCGCCAUGGCGCUGUUCGCCCCCAUGGUCUACUUGGCGGAGAACGAGCUGGUCAUGGGGAGCGGCGGCGGCGGCGGCGGUGCGUCUCGAGCAUCCGAAGCGCCGCCCAGCGAGGAUUCCGGCAUCGGCGGCGGCGGAGGAGGAGGAGGCAGCCGAGCCCACGAAUUCACGAGCAUCCCCGCCUGCUACUGGUGGGCCAUCAUCUCCAUGACCACGGUGGGCUACGGGGACAUGGUGCCGCGCAGCGUCGCCGGCCAGGUCGUGGCCCUCAGCAGCAUCCUCAGCGGCAUCCUGCUCAUGGCGUUCCCCGUCACGUCCAUCUUCCACACCUUCUCGCGCUCCUACGUGGAGCUCAAGGAGGGCCAACUGCGCAACCUCCACCUGAAGCACCGCGUGGCGCUGCUCAAGGCGCAGGCGACGUCGCCGUCGCUCGACAGCUCCCAGUACUCGGAGCCCCUCGGACAGCGCGGCGGCCUCAUCCCCAGCGGAUGAGCGGCGUCACGCCGCUGACGACAGCGAUGGUGAACAGUUUGCUGCUGCUGCUGUUGAUGAUGAUGAUGAUGCUGUUGAUGAUGAUGAUGAUGGUGGUGAUGAACGGUCCUUGCUGAUAAUGAUGACAAAGACGCUCCAGCUGCAGCUGAUGAUUAAUGAUGUUGACAAUUAUGAACAUUUGCCAUUGCCGAUGCCGCCGCAACUGCUGUAUGAUGUUGAUUACGAUCAUGAAAACGUGCUGCUGCUGUUCUUGAUAAUGAAUAACAGCUGCUGCUGUUAAUGAUGAUUUUGCGACCGAUGAUGAAUGAUGGUGAUUAUUAGAGAUUAAUCUUGAUCUUGCAUAUUCAUCAUUACACGAAGAUAUGCAAGACACAGAUCCCCCGUGUAGCCUUAGAGAACAUAGGGGCAUGUUCUUACAUGCAGGAAAUGUGACGUCUGUUGGAGUGGGAGGGUGGUGUCGUGGUUAUCACACUGCAUUGCACGAUGAACCCGGCGACCUGGGUUUGAAUCCCGACCAUGGCAAACAUUAGUGGCAAGUCACUUCUCAACCAGUCCCAAGCUCCCCUUGCAAUAAUCUGCAAUGACCAGAGUGGCUAAUUACGGUCAAAUAAUUCCACAACCGACACGGCGUAGGAAAAUCUUCAUGUAGGAGUGGAUUUCGCAAAGAGGCUAUCACUUCUAGAUUUGAAGCUUUCGUGACUGCAAGGAUCCAUACUCUUUGGUUCUAUUCGGUAAUUCGGUAAUAGAAUAGAACCAAAGAAUAAGGCUAUCACUUAUUAUCACGACGUAGCCAUGACAUACGAUGAGUAUAGAGGGACAGCGCGAUACGCAUAUAAGCGUGGUUUAAAUUCGUCCGGGGUUUGUCUCGAUCGGUUCGCCCAGCACACCACAUCCAGUACACUUCUCGUGGCCACUCGUCACGUGCCGACACUCCAGUCUACCGACGAUCCUGGAGAAUAUUCCGCGAGAAAUUAAACGUUCGUGAUGAUGAACCUCUGCUGCUGAUGGUGCUUCUGAUGAUGAUGAUAAUCGUGAAGAACAGCCGCAGCUGCUGCUGCUUAUGCCCUGGGAUGUUUGAGUGUAGUUUGGAGGUGACUGAUAGCACCUGUAUGACUUUGGCAUCCUCGGAAAGCCCUUCAAGAGAAGUACCAGGUUUUCACUUUCAAUGAAAGUACUUUGCGCCAUAGUCGCCGUUGUAAACAGACUCUGCCUUACAGUUUGAGACGCCUGCGCGAUGUUGCCCGACGUUUUAGGCCACGAACCCUCUUGUCGUCGCAGAGGCGGACAUUUUGACUUUGGAAUUACCGAAAAAAUGUGAAAACCUACAGCCAUUGUGACACUAAACAUUCAGGAAAAUUCACGGGAAAUUAUACGCUGACAGAAUAGAGCUUUAUUUCUGUUUUGCGUGUUGGCAAGCUAUGAAACUUACUUGAGAAAAUUUUGGUCACUGGUUUAAAUAGCUGUAUGGCACCUGCCAUUGCAUGGACUCCAAUGAUGAGGAAACUAAACACGAACCGCGUUUUGUGUUUUAGUUUGCUGUCCUUCCUCCGCACCUCCAAUCAGCACGGUUGGCUGCGUAGGGUGCGGAAGAAGUUCGACACACGUACGAGACUAAGACUCCGGAGACGAGACUUUUCCCUGGACAUCCCUCGACUAAGAACAAAACAAACACACAAAAUUCCGUGGAUUUUGUGAAAGUGAGUCUCGAUCUGGCCCACGAGUUCAUGUCCUGGCACGAGCGAUUAGAUAACCUUUGACCUUCCGUGGCGCAUGGGGACGGCUCUGUGCAACAGGGCCGAUUGUAACGUCUCAUAGAGCGUGCAGACUCUUAAAAUAACAAAUACAGGAAUACCUCGAUAUGCGAAGUAGGUGUGUUCCCGGAGCUUCCUUUCGUAUAUUGAAACUUCGUGUAUAUGGAAUCGCUUUUCACAUCAGUACUGUGAGGAUGCGUUGCCUGCGUUCAUAUUAUUAUAGUAAGACUUGUUUAAAACUUAUUUAAGAUUUUAGAUUCCUAUAUGUUGAAUGUAUGCACCAUCCUGCCAAAGUAAAUUCCGUGUCGGUGUGAACUUUCAUGGCGAAUAAAACCCUUUCUGAUUCUGAUUCUGAAAUCACCAUUUCAGAUUAUGUAAACACUUCAUAACUUACCAUUCAUAUUGUAAACAAAGACAAUUUAUAUUGAAAAUAAUAUAAUAUUUUAUACUGUACAGUAUUAAAAAUGUUUUGACAAACUUUCGCAAUGCAGAAAGGUCAACAAUCUAUAUCUUAUAAUAAUUGUAUUUUACUUACAUAAUGUAUUAUUUAUUCAUUUUAGUGUACGCGUUUAUUAUUUUUACUUUCUUUUCAGCUUUCUGUUCAAAGUAAUUCAUCCAAAGUUCGUAAUACCGAAACUCCGUUUAUCGAAUAUACGCAUAUCGAGGUAUUCCUGUACGUUAAUGUGAGUGCCGUGACUUUAUUUUAUGCGCAGAAUCAUUGUACGUAUUGUAAAUAUGCUGCACGUAUGUGGCGAAGUGGGUUUGCGUGUGUUUGUACAGAUACCUUGGAGUGUACAAAGGGGAGCAAGGAGUGGCAGAGCAGCGAUCAUUGCGCUGCUCUGCGAAAUCGGCGAUCACGGCCAACAUCGCCGAUACUAGAACCAUUUGCCUGGCCUCCCCUAGGCCGACUCAGCCUUAAAUGAGCGAUUAGUACGGUGCGCAAAACAAAACAAAAACAUCAGUGCCGGGGAGGCAGAGGCGGCUGAAUGUGGCGUUCACGGACACACCACCACCUCGUGUGCCGUGCGGGCCUUAAUAGGUGCUCGCUAACAAGGCGUUUGACCCGAUGGCAAUCUGUCCCCUUAAAGGCUGAACGGGGAAACCUUUGCCUUCGCUUUGUUGCCCUGUUUAUAGUUAUACACAAUGUACACGUUCGCGUACUGUAUAUAUUUAUAUACAGAUACAGAGGCAGGCGUGCAACGUGGGUCGGUGAGAUGUCUCGUGCGACCACCCACCCCACCCCCGACGCUCGCGGGAACAAAUAAAGAAACACGCGUGGAAGGGACUGGUGCCACGAGAGAUAA